AUGGGCGCACAGUCCACCGUACAAUUGCCCCUUGGAGCUGAAGGGCUUGUUGUGGUCUUUCGCAUGCGAAGGUUGAUUAGCUACAAGGAACCGGAGUUCGCGGGCGCCUUUCGGGAGGCCCUGACGGAUCGCUAUUUGAUCUUCGUGAACAGCAGCAUUCCGGACGAUUGCUACCCGGUGUGUUGUGUCCCUGGCGAUGGUUACUCCUUGCGUGAGUAUUUCUGCUCCGGUGCUUCCCGUGAGAAGAAGCCCAGCGCUACGCGAGACACGCGCGACACGAGAGACACGGCGCCGGCGGCCGCGGCCGCGGCAUCGCUGGGGACGCAGACGCCCAAAGCGCCGGCACCGGCGCCGGGGCGCACCGAGGUGGCAAUGAGCACCACGGGCGGCUUCCUGCUUCGACGUUGCGGUCGUGGUGAAGUGCCUGGUGCUUUGCGCCCCGCCCCAGAGACCUUUCCGAUCAACAAGCACCGGGUAGACUUCGGCCGCUCGGGAGCAGCGGAGCAGCGCUGGGGAGUUAACGAUGACUUGUUGGUUGGAAAAAACGGGUUUCAACAUCAAGACUUGAUAGUGAUAAACACUUGA